AUGGCAACCAACGGCGUCAAGGUCCCCGCGCCCGAUCUCCAGGAAAUCCAUGACUUCCUCAUCGACCUGGCCACCCGCGCGGGAGAAGUCAUCACCGGCGCAAAGCCAUUGGUCCAUGGCGUCGACUCCAAGAAGAACAGCUCCGAUCUGGUAACGGAAUAUGACCGCGCUAUUGAGGCUAUGGUCUCCAAGGAGCUCAGAGCUAGAUAUCCCACUUUCGAAUUCAUGGGCGAAGAAACCUACCACCCCUCCAGCCCCCUCACCGACGCCCCCACCUUCAUCGUCGACCCAAUCGACGGCACCGUAAACUUCGUCCACGGCUUCCCAAACUCCUGCAUCUCCCUCGGCCUCGCCAUCCGCAAAAGACCCGUCGUCGGCGUCGUCCUCAACCCGGCCACCAACACCCUCUACUCCGCCAUCGCCGGCCGCGGCGCAUUCCUCAACCGCACCACCCGCCUACCGCUCAAGGGACCCGCCCUCGAACCCCUGCGCGGCCUCAGCAACGCCCUGAUCUCCGUCGAGUGGGGCUCCGACCGCGCCGGGCGCAACUGGGAGACUAAGCUGCGCACCUUCGAGCGGCUGGGCAAGAGCCGCGAGGCGGGCGGCGCGAUGGUGCAUUCCAUGCGCUGCUUGGGGUCCGCGGCGCUGAAUAUGUGUGCCGUUGCGGCGGGCGUGCUGGAUCUGUAUUGGGAGGGCGGGUGCUGGGCGUGGGACGUGUGUGCCGGGUGGGUUAUUGUGACGGAGGCGGGCGGGAUGGUUGUUGAUGGGAACCCCGGCGGGUGGGAGGGGGCGGUUGAUGGACGGAAGUAUCUUGCUGUGCGCGCGUCGCCGGGUGGGGAGGGUCAAAGGGAGAUUAUCGAGGAGCUUUGGGGGCAUAUGGUCGGGACGUUUGAUUAUUCGGAGUAA